AAACCCUAUAUAAACUAUACACCAAAGCUUUGAACCUUCAACCAAACCCCAAAAUCCAAGUGCCCCACCAAAUGCUUCAAUCCUCUUCCACUAGACAAAAAGAAAAACAACUUAAUCCCUUUAUACCCUUUUAGCUAGCCAAAACCCUCAUCAAUUAAAAGCCAAUCCCCAAUAUAUAUAAAAUAAUAACAAGAAGAAUUUGAUCAUAUUGUCUAUAUAUAAGAUUUUGUAUCAAUAAUACAUCAAGAAAUAAGAUCUCUAGAUAUACCACAAGAAAAAAACAAAAAGGUAUGGGAAGGUCACCGUGUUGUGAGAAAGCUCACACAAACAAAGGAGCAUGGACGAAAGAAGAGGACGAGAGGCUCGUAGCUUACAUUAAAGCUCAUGGCGAAGGCUGCUGGAGAUCUCUUCCCAAAGCCGCUGGACUUCUUCGGUGUGGUAAAAGCUGCCGUCUCCGGUGGAUCAACUAUCUCCGGCCUGACCUUAAGCGUGGAAACUUCACCGAGGAAGAGGACGAACUCAUCAUCAAGCUCCAUAGCCUUCUUGGCAACAAAUGGUCGCUUAUUGCCGGGAGAUUACCAGGAAGAACAGAUAACGAGAUUAAGAACUACUGGAACACACACAUAAGAAGAAAGCUUAUAAACAGAGGGAUUGAUCCAACGACUCAUAGACCAAUCCAAGAAUCAUCAGCUUCUCAAGAUUCUAAACCUACACAAGUAGAACCAGUUACGAGUAACACCAUUAAUAUCUCCUUCACUUCUGCUCCAAAGGUCGAAACGUUCCAGGAAACUGUAAGUACUUUUCCGGGAAAGUCAGAGAAAAUCUCAAUGCUUACGUUCAAAGAGGAGAAAAACGAGUGCCAAGUUGAAGAAAAGUUCCCAGAUUUGAAUCUUGAGCUCAGAAUCAGUCUUCCUGAUGAUGUUGAUCGCCGUCAAGGCUUAGUGGGACGCGGGAAGUCAACAACGCCACGUUGUUUCAAGUGCAGCUUAGGCAUGAUAAACGGCAAGGAGUGUAGAUGCGGAAGAAUGAGAUGCGAUGUAGUUGGAGGUAGCAGCGGGAGUAUCAUCAAGGGUACUGACAUCAUGAGCAAUGGAUUCGAUUUUUUAGGGUUGGCGAAGAAAGAGACGACCACUUCUCUUUUGGGUUUUCGAAGCUUGGAGAUGAAAUAAUUUCAUUUUCAUUUUUUUAGGCGUAACUGUACAAAACUUUUGCCUAGAGAAGGUAAAAAAUCUUCACUUUGUAUGUGAAAAAAAAACUUCACUGUUGAAUUUAAUAUAUAGAAUA